AUGGUGGAGACUGGGUUCCAUAUUUUAUGGCAGUGCCCGACAGCAUUGGAUGUGUGGUGUAUGAGCAUAGUAAAAUUUCAGAAGAGCCACUUUACUGGUCCGGGCUUCUUGCAGGUUGUUGAAGGCCUAUUUAGCAAGUGUGAUCAACAGGAAAUGGCUCUUUUUGCUGGGCUUGCCAGACGUAUUUGGUUGAGAAGGAACGACGUUCUGCAUGGUGGAAGCUUUUCUCAUCCAAAUGUAAUUAUGCAGCUGGCUACACGGGCUCUUGAUGUUUUUAAGAAUGCUCAGGGCUGGUUCAAAGUAAAUUGGGAUGCCUCGUUGGAAAGGAAGGCUGGUCGUAUGGGCUUUGGCGUGGUGAUACGUGAUCCUAGCGGCAGAAUGAUAGGAGCACGAUGUAUGGCUCGUUCGGGGUGUCUUGCUCUGGCGGGGGCAGAAACCAUGGCAGCAUUGAUGGCGAUACAACAGUGCAAGGAAUUGGGUCUUACUCACGUUCAUUUGGAAGGGGAUGCAAAUGUAAUUAUUGAUGCUGUGAACUGUGAGGUAACUGAUAGGAGUCGAAUGGGACACAUUGUGGAAGACAUCAAGGUGGAAGUUCAGGCUUUCUCUCAAUGGCAGAUGACUUUUGUGCGAAGGGCAGGGAAUCAGGCUGCACACUUUCUUUCCAAAUAUGCUGCAAAGCAUGAUUUGGAUAAACUUUGGCGUGAGCCUCCUGAAUGUAUCCACGAUAUUAUUUUGCUGGAGCAAUUUGCUCUAGCUUCGUGA